AUGGAAGAGCCCCUGCUUCGCCGCUGCUCCAGCUUCUCCAGGAGGAACGUGGCUCUCCUGCUGCUUCUCCCCCUCUCAUUGGAACAGACAUUUGCGGAGCUACACAAAAAUGUCCAAGAGAAACCGGGAGCGUGCCCAAAGGAGAGGGUCACUUGUACCGUUAGAGUUCCAGACUUGUGCAAAGAAGAUUUCUCCUGUAAAGAUUACCUGAAGUGCUGCUUGUUUGCCUGUGGGAAGAAGUGCAUGGAUCCCUAUGAAGAACCCUGCAUCCUACCCUCUGAUCCAGGAAAUUGUGUGCGUUUUACUAAACAAUGGUAUUAUGACUUUAAAAAUAAAUUAUGCAAACCCUUUCGCUAUGGAGGCUGUGGUGGAAAUAACAACAACUUCCUCAGCAAGAAAGACUGCUUGGAGGCUUGCUUGUCAACUGUCAAGACAGGACAGUGCCCGUUCUUCCCUUCCAAGGCCCGUGUGGAAUGUUCAGCUUCGUGUAAGAGUGACUAUGAUUGUCCUGACACUGAAAAAUGUUGUGAAUCCAUAUGUGGCUUUGUUUGUUCCACUGUCUGGAUAGUCAAAACAGGUUUCUGCCCACGAAAGCCCUCAGUAUGCUUAAUCAUCGAUAAACCCAUUUGCCAGAAAGAUGAGGACUGCCAACUGGGAGAGAAGUGCUGCUCACGUUGUGGACUGAAAUGUCUGGAACCUGAAUAG